AUGUUUCGAUCAUCAUUUUUUACACUUGUUAUUAUCAUUAUUUUAAUGACAUUAUUUGUAAAUGGAAAGACUAUAAAUAAUCGAAGAUUAAAACUGUUAUCUACACGUAAUCCAAUAAGUAUUAAAAUAUGUGGUCGAUCUUUGAUUCGUUUACUUGAUAUGGUAUGUAAUCGAGCUAGACAAUUACUAGUAAGAAGUGAAAUAUCGUCUUCAUUAUCACCAUUGAAACGACGAUUUAAAAUCGAAGAUGAUUCACAUUUACGUACAAUUUCGAUUACUGAGUAUACACAAUUUAAUGAUACAUUAAUUGAUGAGUGUUGUCUUCAAGCUUGUUCACUUAAGACAUUAUUAAAAUAUUGUUAA